AUGCCCAUUUCCCAAAGUGAGCCCAUGUCAGAGAAUUGGAUGGAUAGACAGGCCGGGCUCACUUUGGGGAAUGGGCAGUUGAGGCUGAAGAUUCACAACUGGCGGACCCCUGCCCCGAAAUUUGCCAUAGAGAAUAACCCCAAUGGUAACCCCAAGUGCGACCUUGAGGCAGUCAUUGAAAACUCCGAGAUCAUCCGCGUUGACUUCAGGAUCCCCACCAAUUACCCAGACGGCAUGAUGGGGAUUAUGGGCUUGAUCGAGGCACUAUUCGAGUGCCCCAAAAGGAUUGCCAUGAGCAAUAUCGAGACUGGUCCCGCACCGGCUCUUCGAGAGUCAAAGAACAUGAAGAGACAUAAUUAUCAUAUCAAAUGGACAACUCCAUGGGAGACAUCCGGCUGCCGAGUAAGCUGGAUGAAAGCGAAAGAGAAGUCGCCCACCAUGAAGUUCAAGUUCGUGAGUGGUAGAAAUGGAAGACCGGUGGAGCAGAUGAUGGUCAUCGUUGAUGAGCGUGACAAGUUUUAUCAAAAGAUCUCUAAGAAAGACCCUAACACUUACGGCAAAUGGAUGGCAUAUCCGGUCCAGAUUUGGCUGCGCAUUCAAUGGCUGAUGUCAAAGACAAAAGACAUAGACAAGAAACUGUUUAACAAGUUGCUUGUUGAUGAAACUUCCCGUUUCUCCAUUCAGAAGAAGAUCAAAGGGAAGAAGGCAUCAAAGAAAUCCCAAAAGAGACUCCGCGAGCAUUCCACAGCCGGAGAAGAGAACUCUGAGGAAGAAAAGCCAGAUGUGUCAGUUAUGCCACAUCCAGAACAGUCAGUGUUAGGGCGAGAACAUACGAUGGAGAAAAUGGGAAGUCAAAACUUGCCUCCGAAAGAGGCGACCCAGGAAGAAGCGACCCAGCAUAAGUUGAGCCAUGAGUUGAACCAGUAUGAGUUGACUGAACAAGAGUCGACCCAUCCAGAGGCGACCCAGAAUGAGUCGCCCCAGCAUGAGUUGACUGAACAAGAGUCAGCCCAGCAUGGGGCGACCCAGAAAGAGUUGGCCAAGAAGGUCUCUACACUCACGAUUGAUACCCAGAAGAGCAACAAGAGGUACAAGGGCAAGGGAAAGGGUAAGGGAAAGGGAAAGUGCAUGCCUGGUUUGUCUAGCUCCAGCACAGGAAAGAAGGAUGCAGACCGUGUCACAGGUCACAUCAUAGAUAAUAUUACGGACCGCAUCACAGACCGUAUCACAGAGCAACGUGGUAGCGACCAGCAUGGCAGCGACCAGCGUGGCGACCUACUUCCGGGAGUGCAUGGCAUCGCUCUACAGGAUGGCCCGGCUAAGCAGCAACUUGCGGCAGUUGCUGGCCAACAAACACAAACAAUAAGCGCUCCCGCGUUCCCUACUAUGCCCAACGACUUGACUACUUCAUUGUCUCCAUCAUUCGAGACAGCUCGAACCCACCUCUCCCCUCGCACUUCCCUCCCCUCAUCCACAAUGUCAUCGUUCUGCACGCCUACGAGCGCCUUGUGGAGAAUAGAUGAGGAUGAUGGCGAAGAGUCGGUGAAAGCGGAAGAGAACGAGCCAGCAGCGACUUCGGAUGAGCUAUUCUUGACUCCGCAGGGAGGUGAGGCUGGGCUUCGGUGCCCUGUCUCGAACAACAGGGACGAGGUGUGGUUUUCUGGUAAACUCUCUACUAUUUAUAUCGUUGUUGAUACACCUGCUGACUAUUGUUUAGACCCCGAAGAGUACCGUGGCGAUCACGAGACGCAGGAGCCAGUCUUGCGUCGAAGUGAGUCUUUCAGUGUGGCCAGUCUAGGGCUCUACAAGGGCCAGGAAAUGACAUCCUCGUCCCAAACGACCUACCCUCCAUUGACCCCCCGUGCCUCGUCUGCCUUGUCUACCACAGACUCGGCUGGGUUUGGGACAGAUGACCCCAGUUCAGAUGGCGCCAUCCAGCCAGAUGACCAAACUUCAGCUGAGUCUAGCCGACCUGGCAAGAGGAUUGUAUACAAAAAGAAGAAGCAAGGUAAACGGAAGCUUCGGGAAUUGAUGAAGCGUCAGCAAGCUCGCGAUGCGGACGUCGAGCUCCCCGUCUCUCCUGCUUCUUCUCAGGUCAAUGGAGUGGAAGGUUAUUCUCCGUCUCCACCCGAGUUGUCUGAGGAUAAUGAACUAACUCCCACAGCCAAGCAGUUCGGCAACACCGGGGCCCCACCCCCUGGAUUACUGUUGGACUUGCGCACGCUCGGCGUUACUUGCCAUGAGCCAUUCUGCGAAGUCCUCUGUUGUUUGGGGGAUGGGGUCUCCGUUGUUUGCCCUAAGUGCGGACCGUUUUCCUUGGUCCGCUACUGCGGCAAGGACCACCUGUGGGAGGAUGCCAAGAGGCACUGGGUAGUUUGUACGCAGCUCCCAGUCCUGGAACAGUGCUUGGCCAGUUCGAUCUCUCACGACCUUCUCGUGGGUCCACCAAUGCUUCCCAACCUUCACCAGUGGGACAAACCUGAGCGCCAUCGUCAGGCGCUGUGGUUCAGUUCUGCCCGCGACCGAGGUGACUACUUCGUGUUCGCGGAGUGGGACGACCUGGUGAAGGUUGAGGACGAUCCAGCCAGUCACCUGCAGCUGCGAUGUUCACCUCGAAUCGCACAUAUUGUGCGGUUCGAGGACGCCGAAGAGAAGGACCGGUUCCGCCGGUGCCUUGCGAUUUGUCUCUUCGCGGCGAUUGAACAUCCAGCCCUCGUGGACUAUCUUUACCGGCUUGUCCGGGACUGGAUGCGGGCUCACAAUAUGUGGGCCAGUGACAAGGACAUGGACAGCAUGCUGCGUUACCAGAUGGGACUCGAGAUGGGUGGCGCCAUCGAUCAGAGCCGUCUUGGAUUGCGGCAUGCUUGUGAGACGGAGUGGAUCGGUGCCGACCGACGCCACUGCGGGAAUCUGAUCUGCGCGAGCGAGCGUCGCCCCACGUUGCUCGGUAACCAUGACAUGGGGUUGGGCUUCCGGAAAGUGUGUGAAUCCCUCGAAUCCAAGUAUUGGAUUCUGAGGGCGCACCGAGCCACCCAUCCAUCGGUGAGCGACGUGGUGGCUCGCACGCGUGGCGGAGGAUUCCCGGGGGUCCUUGCAGAGGACCGGCGGACAUUCCGCCGUGGUAUCGGUUGGGACGGGGUGGGAACGGGCCCCAUGGAGCUGGAGAUGCCGGGGUCAGGGUAG